AACGUUGUUUGUGGCGUGUCGCUUUCAGAUAGAUCAGUGGCCAUCGUAUCGUCUAAACAAGGAAGUGUGGUGCAUUGAUAAAUAAUGGAUCCGUGUGUUGUAUACUUGGCAUACAAAUAUAUAAUCAAAAAGAGACGCAAGAGACGUUGGAGCGUUCACCCAAUAAAUAGUGCAAGAAAUCUCAGAGGCACAUAUUAUACACUACACAAAGAACUAAGACGAGACAAUGACAAAUUCUUUAAUUAUUACCGUAUGUCGAUAGCUUCCUUUGAUGAGCUAUGUGAAAAGUUAAAAAACACUUUCAAUAAAGAUAGGGAGCUGAUUCAAGGAUUUGCAUUCGAAGCAGAAGAAAUGUUAUCAAUGACGUUGAGGUAUUUAGGUUCAGGAUGUACCUAUACAGAGCUGCACUACAGCUACAGAUUAGGGGUCACAACGGCAAGUCUUCCAAUUCCAAGAGUUUGCGUUGCCCUAUGGCGUACAUUACAGGAAGAGUGCUUUCCUGUACCUACUGAACAACGUUGGCGCCAAAUUGCCCAAGAUUUUGCAGAACGUACCAAUUUUCCUAACUGCAUUGGCUCUAUUGAUGGUAAACAUUGCAGGAUAAUCGCGCCUGCACAUAGCGGAUCACUGAAUUAUAAUUACAAGAACUUUUUUUCCAUUGUUCUAUUAGCUAUUGCCGACAGCAACUGUUGUUUUAUAUACAUCGAUGUCGGGUCCUAUGGUAAGGAAUCGGACUCCAUGGUGUUUAGACAAUGCUCCUUGUUUAGAAAAUUGGAAGAAGAUACCUUACAUAUCCCAAAACCUGAGAAAGUAGCAGAAACAACACUGCCAUAUGUACUCGUUGGGGAUGAGGCGUUUGGACUAACAAAUAACUUAAUGCGACCUUAUCCUGCAAAGAACUUAACAGAAAAAAGAAGAAAUUUUAAUUAUCGCUUGUCUAGAGCAAGAGGGAAAGUAGAAUGCUCCUUUGGAAUUUUAACUAACAAAUGGCGUAUACUGCAUCGACCGAUGAAUGUGAUGGAGGAAGUCGCUGUAUCCAUCAUCAAAGCUUGCUGUAUAUUACACAAUUUUGUUCGUGUGAGGGAUGGCAUCAGAUUUGAGGAUACUUUGACAUAA